AUGUAUCUUGAUCCUGUGACGUGGAAAAGUCCGAUGUGGGGCCCUGAUAAGAUUGUCUACGAGCUCAUUAGUAUGGGUGGCGAGUCUCAGCAACGACGCUGCAUUCCAGGACUCCUGCUGCGAGCCACAUUUCCAUCUCCACAGGACCCUUGCUCUAAUGGCUAUGCCCACCUCACCUUCUCUUCUCUCUCGGCUGUUCGUGUACGUGUUGCAGGUGAUGUGAGCAAUGCAAGUAUAGGAAGUGGGGAGGGAACAGGAGACGACGAUGAUGACGAGCGAGGUGGGAAGAAAAGCCAAAAGAAACGUGGGAUCUUCCCCAAAGUCGCCACGAACAUCCUUAGAGCCUGGUUAUUCCAACACCUCACGCAUCCAUAUCCAUCAGAAGACCAAAAAAAGCAGCUUGCCCAGGAUACCGGUUUGACGAUAUUGCAAGUCAAUAACUGGUUCAUCAACGCUAGGAGAAGAAUCGUCCAACCCAUGAUCGAUCAAUCCAACAGGGCAGGUUUCCCGGCAGGUACGGGAUGUGUGUAUAGCCCGGAUGGAGCAGGGAUGGGUCACAUGAUGGACGGCCAAGGCGCGAUGUUACGAGGCGCAGGUGAGAGUCCCUACUACAACGACUUCGCCCCUGCUACUCAUCCUUACGGUUACGCAUCCCCCUAUCAUCAGGGACACCUCAUGUAACAGAGACAGACACACAACUGAGACCUGUGAUCCUAUAUACCAGACAAGGUUUGGGCGGGUUUGGAGCAGAUCCUCGGAGUAUGGCCAUGAGUGGUGCUUACAGUCCGCAUCAGAUGUCACCUAUCCCGUACGGGAUGAUGAUGGGUGCACCGGCUGGGUUCCCCGGGGCACCCACCUCCUACGAGGGUGCCAUGAACAUCCACGCCGCCUGAAAAACGAAAAUCCCUUGAUUUGGAAUCCCCUGCUCCCUGCCGAUUUCUGACGAUUCUCAUUCGGCUGAGGCCCUUCGGGUAUUCAACCCCAGCCGCCCAAUUGUGAUAUUUUCUUUCCCCUCUCUGUCUCUCUUUUUUGUGUCGUGUACGUGGAAGAGAAGAGUUUACAAGAAGAAGAAGAAGAAAGAGAGUAUUCUCUAUUAUCCGUUUAGGUGCAACGAGACCACAAAAAAGGUAAUGUAUCCAUGUUUUUCCCUCUCAUGGUGACCUUUGUUUUCCUCGACGAGUACAAAGGCACACCCCACAUCACUUGCUCAUCCAAUUCUCUCUUUCUGUCUGUCCUUCCCGCCAAUCCAUGCAGUAUUGAGGAAUCCAGUCAUUGUUUUUUUUUAGUUGUUUUUGUUCUUGGUGGAUUUCAAGUGUUGCUCACGAGGAGAUCCGCAUCGCGUCUUUCUUCGUUAUUCACACAAAUGGGUAACAGGAGAAAAAAAAAAAGUUUUUUUUUUCCAAGGACUCGAGGGAUAUUCGCACGUGCAAUAAUUUUUUUUCUCUUAUUUCAUUCCUCAUACACAUUGCUCUCUGCGUAAUUAUUUUUUCUCCGUGCGUUGCCUUUGCUCAGGUGUCGUGCAUCGGUUCACAUCGCUCAAACGGAAGCUUGCAAUACUUGAUUCUAUGUCGUGGCAUAAUAACCCGCAUAAUGGAAGAGAAAAACUUGCCAUCGCCAGGCAGUUUUUAUGUUGUGCCAAAUCACGCAGAGACCGUCUUGAUUUUUUCUUCGAAGGCCAGAAAGCGACUUGUGUUCUGAUGUUUCUCAUUCUCAACGUGCUGGGCUUGAGAAGAAAUUUCCGCUCGUCAGUUUCUUCUCUUUUCCUUCUUGUUUUCUCCUGCCUCAAAUUUUGAUUCGAGUCCCACUUGAAAUGAAGAGCUUACGAUCAUAUUCGAUUUUUUUCCGUGAAUGGCCUAUUCGUAUUAAAUUAUCAUGGCGUUGUAUAGCUGCUAUUCGUGUGUCUAUGGCUCCCUUGUACGGCGAACUGUGAACGUGUGUGUGUGAUUGUAUAGGGCCCUGUUUGUACAUGUAGCAGCAUAGAGCUGAUGAUGACGAACAAAAAAUAAAACAAGAUAUGGCCAUGGACCGUUUUCUAA